AUGGUUCUCGUAGCCCUUAUCACAGGUGGGACCAGUGGCAUGGGCCUCGACGUCGCCCAGGAACUCGACAAGACAGGUCUCUGGAAAGUCCACAUCAUAGGCAGCAAUGCAAAUCGUGGCGAAGAGGCCGCCGCCUCGCUGAGGAAUACUAUAUUCCACCAAGUCGAUGUGACCAAGUACGAACAGCAGGGCGCUGCCUUUGAUAAGAUCUUCAAUGAGGAGAAGCGACUAGACUUCGUCCUUGCGAACGCCGGUAUCGCUGAGGACACCGCGAUGUUUUUCGCCAGCCAUCCUACUGGGAUCCCACCACCACCUGAUAUGACUGGUCUGACGGAUAUUAACUUCACUGGGGCGAUUUAUACCAGUUACCUUGCCAUGCAUUAUUUUCGCCGAUCGCCCGAGAAGACGAAGGGAAAUCGUCACUUGAUUAUUAUGUCAAGUAUCGGCGGGUUAUAUCCGUGCGCGCAUACCCCGGUAUACUCGGCGACGAAGCAUGGAUUGGUUGGAUUCACACGCUCCGUGGGAAAGCGGUUGUUAGACGAAGGUGUUAAAGUCAACACGGUUUGCCCAGGGGUCGUCCUCACACCUCUGAUGACCACGGAGUUGCAGGCCUUUUUCCCGGAGAAGAUCGUGAUGAAAAUGAGUGAUGUGACCAAUGUAGUAUUGAAGCUGAUCUCUGGGACUGAAGUGACUGAUUCCAACGGGACAUCUGUGCCGAGUGAUCAGCUCCAUUCGCGAGCGAUCUUGAUUUCAGGGAAGCAAUAUCAUUAUGUCGAAAUGCCGGAAUAUUUUGACGAAAAGACGCAGCUUACGCAUCAACACAUGAUGGGAUGA